AUGUUUUCAGCUGGAAUCUUAUCAUCACAAAGAAGUGAAGUCACAAAUAAGGCAAUAUCAUUCAAUGCAAAAGCAACAACAAACCUGUUUGAAUUCUAUCAUAUAUUUGAGCAAACAGUGAAAAGAUGGAGAAGCAAUGAAACUAGUGACAACUUCCGGAACAGAACUGAACGUCCCAAAGCCGUCAAAUCCAAAUCAAAGCUUCUGAAACAUGCAGCUGAUGUAUACACACUAGCACUGUAUAAUGACUUUGAAACAGAGUAUGAGUGGGCAAUGGCAUCAUUUUUACGAGCAUUUGCAACAGAAAACUCACAGCUGAAGUUGUUUGAAGUCUCACCAGAAGAAGAUUUCACCAAUUCACAUACAGUAGCAUACGAUGAGGCUACAACAGAAUUAGUGUGCUCAUGUCAAUGCUUCACAGAGACGGGGAUGCUUUGCUUUCACAUAAUAAGGGUCAUGCACAUGUUCAGCAUAUUUCAAAUACCACAACAAUAUAUCCUUAAGAGAUGGACAAGACUUGCAAAGUCAGCAGUAUGGGAGAAUGUUCAAGACAAGGACCAAAGCCAAAAUGCACGUUGUGGACACCAUGGAGACAUGCAAUAACCAAGAAUUUCUACAACCUAGUGUCAAUAUGUCAAUCAAAUGAGGAUGCAAGAACAUUAUGUGACAAGUCGUUGAAGGAAUUAUACAAAUCAGUGAAAGAAGUU